AUGUCCCAGGAAAACGUCUCCGAUAAAGUCAGGAACCUGCAGAGGCAGAUAGCACAGAAUAUCAAGUUUGGCCAGAGGCCCCCCUCUCUGAGGAAGAGUGAGGGAGACGAGGGCAGCUCAGAUGAAGAGGAGGUGCCCAGGAGCCCCCUGAAGGUCUUAGCCCAGGUGGAAGCUGAGCCAGGGGCCAGCCAGAGCCAAGAGCCCAGCCAGAGCCAUGGAGCUGCCCAGACCGGGACUCCCAGUACUCCAGUGAAAUCUCCUAGGUCCAAACGAGUUCUUCCAGCCACCGGUACCAUCGAGUCCAUCGACCUGGACGGAGUCCCACAGUCUGUCCCUAGACUGGACAACACCGCUGCCAAGCAUAAACUGUCUGUCAAACCCAAAAACCAGAGGAUCUCCCGCAAGCACCGCCGAUUCACACAGGAUUUGCAGGAGGUGGAUAUCCCUGGCAUACUGCAGGAGGAAACAGAUGCAGCCGACGUCCAAUACAGAACCUCUGAGGAAGAGACACCCCCAGAGAAAACUAAGAAGCAGAAACUGCAGGAGAACGAGAGACAGGAGUCCAGGAGGAAGCGAGAGCUGGCAGAACAAAGGCACAGAGAGGAAGAAGAGGAUAGGAAGAAGAAAGCAGAGGAGUGGAGGCUGCGUGAGUUAGAGGAGGAGAGAUGUCGCCAACAAGAGGAUGAACUUAUACGUAAAGAGGAGGAGGAAAGGAGGCAGGGAGAGGAGAUGGAGAGGAGGAUGAAAGAAGAAGAGGAAAAGAGGAUUAGGGAGGAAGAAGAAAGGAGACAGAGAGAACUGGAGGUGAUGAGAAUUAGAGAGGAAGAAGAGAGGAUACAGAGAGAAGAAGAGAGAAGGAUGAGGGAGGAAUUGGAGCUUAUGCAGCGAGAGGAGGAGCAGAGGACACUAGAGGAAGAGAAAAGGAGGGAAGAGGAAGAGGAAAGAAUGAGGAAAGAGGAAGAGGAGAGGAAGCAGCACGAACUGGAGGCAGAGCGUCUCUGUGUAGAGGAGGAAAAGAGACUGAAAGAGGCAGAAGAAGAGGAGGAAAGGAAGAAAAAGCAGGUGGAAGAAAAGAGAAAACUGCUUGCAGAGGAGGAGGAGGAGAAGAGACUGUGUGCAGAAGUGGCUGCGAGCAACUCUGACCCUGAAAGGAAGAGGAGGGCGGAGGAGGUGCGCUGGAGAGAGAUGGAGGAGAGACAGAGGCCGUUCACCUUCAAAGUGUCCUCUGGGGAGAAGCAGAUCCUGUUCCAGAAGGUCAACCUGACGCCUGUUACGCCGGCCUCCAGCCAGCAGGUGGGCGCUGUGGCUGAACACAAAGAGGGAGCCAAGGCCUCGUCCCCUGGAGGAGCUGACUCCCCAACCCUCCCGUCCUCUCAGUAUGUCCCCCACACAGCCAUCCUAGUGACGGGUGCCCAGCUCUGUGGGACUGCUGUCAACCUGGACCAUAUCAAAGAAACCGCUUGUAAGUCUCUCCUGGGUCUGGCAGAUGAAAAGAAAGCUGCCAUGGGCACCCCACCACCAACCAAGAGCAAGACUUCACCAGACCGCAAGUCUGGGAAAACCAAAUCCCUCAGCGAGUCCACAGACCAGUCCAGUGCAGCCGUCCUUGCAGAGUGGGCCAGUAUCCGCUCCAAGAUAUUCAAGGGGACGGGGGAGGGAAAGUAUGAGGAAUACCCAGACCACCAGAGCCAGAGCCGACCCAGCAGUGAGGACCAGAGUCCGUUCCUCCAUAGCAACCUCAGGAAGACCAUGUCCGCCAGCGCCAAGUUCUCCAUCACCCCGGCAAGGAAGAAGUUUGCCGACUCAAACAGGAACUCUGAGGUGUUGAGUCAGGAAGAGAAGGAAGGAGGAAGGCCAGCGUCUGCUGUCUCCGACACCUCCUCCAGUGCCUCUGUUCCCCCUGCAGCUUCACCAGCCCCAGACAGCAAGACCCAGAGCCGGGGCGGUAAGACUGUCCGGAUUGCAGACGGAACAGGGGAGUGUAUGUUUGCCAAAGACCUCCCGUCUUUCAUAGUCCCCAGCUCUUCCCAGGCCUCACCCAGACCCAAGGGCUCUGAGACAGAUACUGGGAGCCUGGGAGGAGAAUCAGAGGACUCUGAUGGCCGGGAGGAGGGGGAGGAGAAGGGCCAGCCAUCUCCGUUUGGGAUCAAGCUGAGGAGGACCAACUACUCCCUCCGCUUCCACAGUGAUCAGUCGACAGACAAGAGGAAGAAGAGGUACAGUGCCGGCGACAGCUUCGACGGGGUUCCCUCGCCUCUGACCCCCAUUGACCGCGACUCUGACGCCUCAGUGUUCUCUAAUAGCUCCAGCCCUGCGUCUCCACUCAGGGAGAGCUUUCCUGGGGUCAAGCCUGGACAUGUGAUUGUAUCUCUUCCAGAGCCCCGGGCCAAAGCAGGCAAGUCUCCCACCCCUUCCAUGCACAGCGAGGAGGAGAAGCUGCCUUCCAAACCCUCACUUUAUCAGAGACCCAGCACAUCCCCUAAAUCUGCAACCCCUCCCCCCUCUCCACUCCCCAAAGUGGGCAGAGAGAGUUCCAGUGACGCAGUGGUCCAGAGGAGCUGGGUGGAGGCUGAUUCAGCUGGCCAUGAGGAGCGAGGUGAGAGGAGGAGGGAGGAGACCUCAGCUGUGGCCCAGCUCCACAGGAACGGCCAGGGACAGAGCCAGGGCCAGGGGGAGGAGGAGCCCAAGGAGAAGAAGUCCUUCUUCCCCUCCAUCAGUAUCCCCUGGAGGGAGAAGGCUGACAGGAAGACGGAGCUCAUCAGGAGAGAGGGAAAGCCAUCACUGCAGAGCAGGCACUCAUUGGACAGUACGCGGGUCCAGGACAAGGAGUCAGGGCCUCUGUGGAUCACGCUAGCGCUGCAGAAACAGAAAGGCUUCAGGGAGCAGCAGCAGAGCCGAGACGAACGCCGCAGCCACAGAGAGGCCAAACUGUCUGAGAAACAAACCAAGGACAAAGACAGCGUAUCUGAAAGUCCUAUGGAGGGUAAGGGGAGUAGAAACACCAACCCUCCCAAACCACAGACACCGGAGGAAGCUAAGAGACCAGACACCCUCCUGGGCCGCUUGGAGCGCCGGGACCUCCUGAAGAAAGCCAACACCCUGCCCAGCUCUGUCACAGUUGAGAUUGCAGACUCCACUCCAUCGCCCCCUGCAGUGAAGGAGUUGACCAAGCGCUUCCCAUCCACUGACUCUCCCCAGGUGUCCACUGAGCCGGCCUGGCUGGCUCUGGCCAAGCGCAAGGCUAAAGCCUGGAGUGACUGCCCUCAGAUCAUCAAAUAA